CACAGUCGAUCCAAUAAAUCUUGUCGGUAGAGAUCCAAUAAAUCGAUUAAUCCCCAUUCCAAACGUCUCUUCCCAUUAUUUUGAAAUUUUUCAAAACUCAAUUCAGUGAAACGUCUACGGCGGAGCGCGGCAAAUUUUUUGUUUGAAGUCGGCGUAGAAUCUAAGGCCGGAAUCUGUCAUCCAUCGCUAGCAGGAAUCAUGGUUGCUCCUGACGAUCCCGAUCUUCGGUUGCUCUCAGACCUUAACGAUAAUCUGCGCGGUAUCAAGAUUCGUGAAAACUGUGAGCCUGAAGAAGGGAUUUCUACCGAUGCAAAUUACAAGAAUAUUGGAAAGGACACGGAUGAUGAAGAUGAUGAAGACGAGAGUGACUAUGGCACUGACGUUGAUGAUUCCGUCAGUAUUUUCCCCAUUUUUCUUCGUUUCCUUUCUUUCUUUUCUUCAGUUAGCUUUACGUUUUUAUUCUUUCUUUUAUGCUGGUCUUCUAAGAAGAAAUAUGUAGGCUCCGAGGUGGAAAGGGAAAAGACUACUACCUUGGCCUUUAUUUUUAAACAAGGGGUUAUUGUAGCUGCUAAUCAAUAUACUCAUGUGGUGAGUCUCUCAUACUAUGUCAAUAUGUAUGUUAGUUGUAUGUGAGGGAAGUGCUUUAAAUUUAUUAUAAGAAGUUACUAAUUCGGCAUCAGAAUUGGUUGAGAACGUUAUUCGUCUAGGUAGUCACGUUCUUAUUGCAUUUUCUGGUGAUAUAGAGGACUGUGGAUUGUUUAUCAGAGAUCUCCAUAGCAAGGUACCUUUUCUCCUAUCCGUUUUGCUUCUAGUAUAUCAAUAGGGUGUAACAUGUACGCCAAGAUUCGUCCUAGAUUGAUCCCUUGUUUCUGGAUGUGGGAAACAGGGAAAUAUAUAAGUGCGUUUUGUGUACGGGGAAUGUCUCACUGGAUAGAUUUUUGUUACUCUCAAUUCCCAAACACAAGUGCAAAAAGCUAGGUUGUUGUUUGUAGUCUUUUAUGGUUAUGUUGCUGUCUUUGGGGAGACUGAUGAUUAGUUUCAUUCUAUGAUAUAGUACCAAGAGCAUGAACUUGCAAAGGGGAAAAUAAUUUCUGUUGAAGAAGCAUCAAAAUGGGUGGCUGAGAAUCUUUGUUCUUCUAGCAGUGAGACGGGUUCAUCAAUGAACAUAACGAUUGCAGGAUGGGAUGGAGUUUAAAUCUGACACAACACAAAUUGGAGUAUUGGACCAAAAGCAGAUAUUAAGUUUUAGGCCGUGAAUUAGGCCCAAUUAUUUUUACCUAUCUGAUUCAAUAAAUCUUAACCCGCCCCC